ACCAACCAGCGCACGAUAACCCCUUCCACCCCAAAAAACUUAUUCAUUCAUGGGUUUACAAAACACCCUUACCGACCUUUCCUCCGACUCUCUCCCCAUUUUCCUCCUAUCCAUCAUCGCCACCGGCGUCAGUUAUCUCCACUCCCUCAUCUUCACUAUCCUCCACACCUUCAACCUCAUUUCAACUCACCCCUCCGAUGACGUCAUCCAAGACGCCUUUUUGUUCGACGCCGUCGGCUCCGGCUUAGCCAGCCUCAUUCUCUUAGCCGACCAGCUCAGCUUAAACCGCGCCGGCUCCUACAAAUACAGCUUAUGUGCCGAAGGUUCGGAUCCGGUGAACUCCGAUUGCGUCGUGUGUUUGAGCGGUUUCGCCGACGGUGAGCACGUGCGCAAGUUAGCAUGCCGGCACGUGUUCCACAAGGAGUGUUUUGACGGCUGGCUUGACCAGCUUAACUUUAAAUGUCCGUUGUGCAGGUCGCCGUUGGUUUCCGAUGAGCGCGUGGUUGUCACGCGCCGACGGUUGACGCAUGACGUCAUGGAUUGGUUCUCUGUUAGAUGAUGACGUAUGCAUAUGUUGUUCUGACUUCUGAGUUGGUUGUAGAGAUGUAUUUGAGUGUUGGAGAGGUGUUCUUUGCUCUGGAUUUGGAUAUUCUGGCUCUGGAAAAAGUUGUCUUAUUGUUUUUUUAUUAAUCUGUUUUUUUAUUAAUCUGUUCAAAAAAAAUCAAGAUUCAUUCCAGGGUUUUAUUCCAGGUUCUUGUAUGGUUUUUAACUGGAAAGGGUUGAUGGCAAUUUUGACAUUGAAGGGUUAUCUUA